GGGGAGACAGAGAGCCGAGCGACGGGGGGCGUCAGAAAGGGACCAGAAUAAUCAUCGUUAAUAAUAAUUUAAAAAAGGAAGAAAGAAAAGGGGAGAGGGGGGCCAAGGAGAAUAAAAGGAGGCUGGGCUGCUUUGCAUUGAAGAUCUGGGCGCUAUUGAAAAGCUUUUGAAAAGUGGUGUUGUCUUCCACCCGUGCGUGCUUCGAUUGGGGGAGUAUAUUAGAGCCGGACAGCGGCUGCAAAGAGCAGCAGCUUGGAAGCGUCUCUAAGCGAAGGGGCUCUGCAGGAAAGAGGCAUGCUUUUAUCAAAGAGACCGCAGCUCACGGAGUUCUCCUUAAGUCUUCUUCUUGCUCUGUUAUGUUCGCGAGUAAAGGUGACUCUAACAUCGGGGCAGUUUGAGUUCGAGAUCCUAUCCAUGCAAAACGUAAAUGGUGAAUUGCAAAAUGGGAAUUGCUGCGAUGGGACCCGAAAUCCCGCCGACCGAAAAUGCACCAGAGAUGAGUGUGAUACUUAUUUUAAAGUUUGCCUGAAGGAGUAUCAGUCCCGAGUUUCCGCGGAGGGCCCUUGCAGCUUUGGAUCCGGAGCUACUCCGGUCAUCGGUGGGAAUACCUUCAAUUUGAAAUACAGUCGGAAUAACGAAAGGAAUCGGAUAGUCCUCCCGUUCAGUUUUGCCUGGCCGAGAUCCUACACCUUGCUUGUUGAGGCCUGGGAUUACAAUAACGACAGUGUUAAUGCAGAUCGCAUUAUCGAAAAAGCGUCUCACUCUGGAAUGAUCAACCCGAGCCGUCAGUGGCAGGUUCUGAAACAAAAUGCAGGCGUGGCACACUUUGAGUACCAGAUUAGGGUCACUUGUGAUGAACAUUAUUAUGGCUUUGGCUGCAACAAGUUUUGCCGACCCAGGGAUGACUUCUUUGGACACUACACCUGUGAUCAGAAUGGCAACAAGACUUGCAUGGAGGGCUGGAUGGAACUGGAUUGUAAAACAGCCAUCUGUCGUCAGGGUUGCAGCCCCAAACAUGGUACUUGUAAAAUUCCCGGAGAGUGCAGGUGUCAGUACGGAUGGCAGGGGCAGUACUGUGACAAAUGCAUUCCACACCCUGGCUGUGUCCAUGGCACUUGCAACGAGCCAUGGCAGUGCCUCUGCGAAACCAACUGGGGCGGCCAGUUCUGCAAUAAAGAUCUCAACUACUGCGGGACGCACCCCCCUUGUUUGAAUGGAGGUACAUGCAGCAACACCGGGCCCGACAAGUAUCAGUGUUCCUGCCCAGAGGGUUACUCAGGACAGAACUGCGAAAUCGCGGAGCAUGCCUGCCUUUCGGAUCCCUGCCACAAUGGAGGAAGCUGCCUUGAAACCUCUACAGGAUUUGAGUGUAUCUGUGCUCCGGGCUGGGCAGCGCCGACAUGCACACUUAAUAUUGAUGACUGUUCUCCAAACCCCUGUGGUCACGGAGGAACUUGCCAGGAUCUAGUUGAUGGCUUUAAAUGCAUUUGCCCACCUCAGUGGAUCGGCAAAACAUGUCAGAUAGAUGCAGAUGAAUGUGAGGGUAAACCUUGUCACAACGCCAAUUCCUGCAGGAACCUAAUUGGCGGCUACUAUUGCGACUGCAUUCCUGGCUGGACUGGCCAGAAUUGUGAUAUUGAUAUUGAUGACUGUAUUGGACAAUGUCAGAAUGGAGGGACUUGCAAGGACUUGGUUAAUAGUUACCAGUGUGACUGCCCACCUGGCUACGCAGGGGAACACUGCGAGGGAGACAUCAAUGAAUGUGCGAGCAACCCUUGCUUGAAUGGGGGUCAUUGCCAAGAUGAAAUCAAUGGAUUCCAAUGUCUCUGCCCUGCUGGCUUCUCAGGAAAUGUCUGUCAGUUGGACAUAGAUUAUUGUGAACCCAAUCCAUGCCAGAACGGGGCCCAGUGCUUCAAUUAUGAGAGCGAUUACUUCUGUAGCAACUGUCCUGAAGAUUAUGAAGGGAAGAACUGUUCGCACCUCAAGGAUCACUGCCGCUCGACUCCUUGUGAAGUCAUUGACAGCUGCACUGUUGCAGUGGCUUCCAACAGCACUCCAGAAGGAGUCCGCUACAUCUCUUCCAACGUCUGUGGCCCACAUGGCAAGUGCAAAAGCCAAGCGGGUGGCAAGUUUACUUGCGAAUGUAACAAAGGCUUCACUGGCACCUACUGUCAUGAAAAUAUUAAUGAUUGUGAGAGCAACCCAUGUAAAAAUGGCGGCACGUGCAUUGAUGGCAUCAACUCCUACAAAUGCAUUUGCAGUGAUGGAUGGGAGGGGACCUUCUGUGAAGCCAACAUCAAUGACUGCAGUAAAAAUCCUUGUCACAAUGGAGGGACAUGCCGAGAUUUGGUCAAUGAUUUCUUCUGUGAAUGUAAAAAUGGUUGGAAAGGAAAAACCUGCCACUCACGCGACAGUCAGUGUGACGAGGCCACCUGCAAUAACGGAGGGACGUGCUACGACGAGGGAGACGCCUUCAAGUGCAUGUGUCCAGCAGGCUGGGAAGGAGCCACCUGCAACAUCGCAAGAAACAGCAGCUGCCUCCCCAACCCCUGUCACAAUGGAGGGACGUGCGUAGUGAGCGGAGAAUCCUUCACGUGUGUCUGCAAAGAAGGCUGGGAAGGACCUACCUGUACUCAGAAUACCAAUGAUUGCAAUCCACACCCUUGCUAUAACAGUGGAACUUGUGUGGAUGGAGACAACUGGUACCGCUGCGAAUGUGCCCCAGGCUUUGCAGGCCCAGACUGCAGGAUAAAUAUCAAUGAAUGUCAGUCCUCACCCUGUGCUUUCGGAGCCACAUGUGUGGAUGAAAUCAAUGGGUACCGUUGUAUCUGCGCAGCUGGCCGCAGUGGUCCAAGAUGCCAGGAAGUUUCAGGCAAGCCUUGUGUUGCCAGCAGCCACAUUAUUCCAGAUGGGUCAAAAUGGGAUGAUGAGUGCAACAGCUGCCAGUGCGUGAAUGGAAAAGUCACCUGUUCUAAGGUCUGGUGUGGUCCAAAGCCUUGCCUGAUCAAUGCCAAAAGCCAGAAUGAGUGUCCUGCAAGCCACACAUGUCAUCCCAUUAAGGACAACCAGUGCUUUGUUCAGCCCUGCGACAACAUUGGCGAGUGCUGGCCUUCAAACCAACAGCCAGUGAAAACCAUGUGCAAUUCCGACUUCUACCAGGACAACUGUGCUAACAUUACUUUCACCUUCAACAAGGAGAUGAUGAGCCCAGGUCUUACUACUGAGCAUAUCUGCAGUGAGCUGAGGAACCUAAGUAUCCUGAAGAAUGUUUCUGUUGAAUAUACCAUCUACAUCACUUGUGAACCAUCACACUUGGCAGAGAGUGAAAUUCAUGUUGCAAUUUCUACUGGAGACAUUCAGGAGGAAGAUAACCCAAUAAAAGAAAUAACUGAUAAGAUUAUUGACCUUGUUAGCAAGCGUGAUGGGAACAAUACCCUGAUUGCUGCAGUUGCAGAAGUCCGGGUUCAGAGGCGGCCAAUUAAAAGCAAAACAGAUUUCUUGGUUCCAUUGCUGAGCUCGGUUCUUACGGUGGCCUGGAUCUGCUGCUUGGUCACUGCCUUCUACUGGUGCCUUCGCAAGCGCCGAAAGCAAAGCAGCCACACGCACACCGUGUCGGAUGACAACACCACCAACAACGUGCGAGAGCAGCUGAAUCAGAUCAAAAACCCCAUAGAGAAGCACGGCGCCAAUGCCGUCCCAAUCAAAGACUAUGAAAACAAGAACUCCAAAAUUGCCAAAAUAAGGACACACAACUCUGAGGUGGAGGAAGACGAUAUGGACAAGCACCAGCAGAAAACCCGCUUUGCCAAACAGGCAACGUACACGCUAGUAGACAGAGAUGAAAAGCCACCCAACGGCACCCCCUCAAAACACCCGAACUGGACAAACAAACAAGACAACCGGGACUUGGAAAGCGCACAAAGUUUAAACCGAAUGGAAUACAUAGUAUAGCAGGCCGCAGGGGCCGCUGGGCAGGGCCUUCGCCUACCCCUUCAAGGCAACUCGGAGCUUGUAGUUCUUAAAACAGUUGUGUAAUAUUUUGAGUCUAAGGCUAUUAUUUGCUUAGAAUCCCUGUGUUAAUUUAAGUUUUGACAAGCUGGCUUACACUGGCAGGGAUAGUUGCUGUGGUUGGCUGGAUUACUGAGUGCUGCAUUUCACAUCUAUGCAAAACUAGUCAAAAGUGCCCCUGUGUCAGUUCCACCGCAGCUGAUGCAUCCCGGAAAGGUUUCCAAAGGUAUCGUGUAGCCUUUUAUUUAGCUUUUUCCUGUAGUAAGAAACCCCCUCCAUUUUUUCUUUCCUCUCCUUGCUCUCUCGAGAUGUCACAAUAUAUAGUCUUAGAAAAAUGCAUUUUAUUUAUUUAUUGAAUUAGAGUUCUUUUGUAUAUUGGUUUUAUGGUGACGUACAACUAGUUCUGUAUUUGAAAGUGCCUUUGCAGCUCAGAACCACAGCAACUAUCAGAAAAGUUUAUUAUUUAUUUUUUUUAUUGUAUUUUUUGUUUGUUUGGGGAGGGGAGGGGGAGGGCAUGGGGGACUUCUUGUCAGCAGUUGCUGGUAAAAAAAUGAAGAAUUGAGAGGAAAAUGUGUCAAAAGUAGAAGUUUGUAUAGUUAUGUAAAUAAUUCUUUUUUAUUAAUCACUGUGUAUAUUUGAUUUAUUAACUUAAUAAUCAAGAGCCUUAAAUAUCAUUCCUUUUUUAUUUAUAUGUAUGUGUUUAGAGCUGAAGGUUUUCCAUAGCAUUGUAAACUGAUGGCUUCUUUACUUUUUUUUUUACUUUUUUUUUCCUUGUUACAUGUUGCCUACAUGCCAAAAUUUAAGGUGUUCUGAAAAUCAGUUUGUUUGUUUUUUAAUUUUUAACAAUAGGAAAAGCUUUCACCUUCAGCGCUGGCUUUUUGUACCAUGUCAAGUGUGUGGUCUCUCUUUUUCUUUUCCUUUGAAAACAGCUCCCAUAGGAUCACUUUAAGACUAUUUGUUAAGUACCAGCUGAGGCAGUUUAGAAGUAGGCUAGGGUUUUUUUUCUGGCUGCUUUAGUGAUGGGGUGGGGGGAAGGAAAGGAUGACAGGCAGAUCAUCUGCUUCAGAGCAGUGUAAGGGAACACAAAAGCGCUAUAACCUUCUGUAGAUGAAAUGUGAGAGAUGUGAGUGGUUUGCAUGUAAUUAAAAAUAUCGAAUUAGUGCGUGAAGUUGGAAGCACCGAAAUCUUAUUUUGUAAACUCUUGAUUUUCCCCACCACCACCAUGAAUAGAUAAUACUGAACCACUUGGUAGAUUUGAUUUCUUUUCCUUGUAAUCUACUGUAUGUAGAAAGUAUUCCCAUAAGCUAAUUGCUGAAUACUUGAACAGUAGAAUGUCCGGCGCAAUCACUGUGUAGAUUUGCUCUAGGUUCCACUGCCCGCCUUAAAAAAGUGAGGAAAUCAAAGUGCUAUUACAGAAGUUGGAAGAUCAAAACAUUGGAAAUUGGAUUCAGACAAUGAUAAUCUCAGUGGGUCAACCACUAAGAACAUCAGGAUAUCUUGUAUGGUAAUAUUAGUGUUACAUGAACCUGAAAAUGCAUCUCUGAUGUGUUAUUCCUGGCAAUAAAUCUUGAAAAAAUAUUUAUUAAAUUUUUUUGUA